AUGAUUGCGCUAUGCCUAGACCCCGCAAAACAGGGAUCCCGGCUCUUUAGCUUCCGUGUUGUGCCACCUGUAGACAGAUCCCAGGUCGGAGAGUCAAAGGGUUUCAAAGCCUCAAGAUGCCGGUUGGGCAGCGGAGGUCCAACGUUCGGCGGAGCAACCUACAUCAAGAGCUUGGAGGAUCGCAUCGCCCAGUUGGAGACGCAGUUGAUGUCACACGGUCUCCGGGACCAGAGCCAUGAUACGCCAACCUCUGUAGACUUCUCGGCGGUCGUCACUCAUGGCGUGUCCAACUCGCCCUCUUCGCAAGGCCACAAUAGCCAGGCGGACGAGGACCUCGUCGGUCAGAUUGUCCUCGACUCACUCCGGGCAGACCACUUCUCCAGUGCAAUAGCGAACCACAAUGGCCUCUCGCUGCUCAACUCUCUGCUUUCGGGCCCCAUCACCAAAGUCUCGCGGCCCGGGCUCAGGUCAGACCACCGCACCCUCUUCGAGGAUCUGCCGUACGAGACGCGAAUAGAUAUGCCGCGGGGCGAGGCCGCCAGCCGGCUUAUAGACACGUACUUUGAGCACUGCGACUUCUUCUCUCCCAUCCUCCCGUCAAAGGAACACCUGGCCGCAAUGAUGGAGCCCCUGUACGACGCUCCCGCGAACCUACCGCCCAGUAGCAGCCGCUCGCUGUCGAAGGCGAAGUUCAGGGCGUCCAUGAUCUUCGCCACGGCGAUCCUCCUCAUCAACAGGACGGACCCGUCGGUGCCCGUGGAGAGGUCCCAUGUGUACUUCGCCGCCGCGAUGCACAUGCUCUCCCAGGACCCGGCCGCCGUCUGCACCGGCGACCUCGGCCACCUCGUCGACCUGCUCCUCAUCGUGCAGUACUGCUGCUUCAGCCCGAACCUCACCGCCGCGUGGCACUUCCUCGGCCUCGCGACCCGCCUCGCCGUCGAGCUGGGCCUCCACAACGAACGGCAGCAACGACAACACGGCGCUGCUGCCGCCGCCGCCGUCGCUCUGGACCCGGCCCUGGUCGAGGAGCGGCGCUGGGUCUUCUGGGCGACGUACACCUUCGAGCGCAACCUCUGCGUCAUAUUAGGUCGGCCAUUCUCGAUCCCGGACGAGGCCAUCGAGACCCCGCUGCCCCCGGAGCCCCUCGGCAACCCGCAACGCGCGCAGGCGCUGCACCUGAUCAAGGCGCGCCGCUUCGAGUCCGAGAUCUACGCGACGCUGCGGCAGCGGCAGCCCGCCGGCGCGCCGCUGGACAAGCCCGCCUGGCGCGCGAGCAUCACCGCCCGGCUGCGCGAGUGGUUCGCCUCUGUACCCCCGCUGGACUGCGCGAGCGGCAGCAGCCAGCUGAUGCCGCAGCAGAUCUUUGGCGGCUUCUUCCACAACGCGUUCGUGAACGUGUACUACCCGUCGCAGCACUUCCCGGAUCUGAGCGCGGCGGACGUGCGGGCGCUGGCGCGGCAUGCGGCGGAGGGCGUCGCGUGCUACAAGAACUCGUUCCGGUCGCGCGAGCUGCGGUUCUACUGGCGGUGUAUCCAUAGUCUGUUCAAGGCGGGCGUGGCGCUGGUGUACUGCAUCCGCGUGGCGGCGACUCUCCCGCAGCAGCAGCAGCAGGGGGAGGGGGAGGAGAUGAAUGUGCCGAAUUUGAUGGAUACGGUUAAUGACUGCUCGUCCAUCAUCUGGGCCAUGGUCGAGCGGUAUCCGCAAGGCCAGGCGUACCGGGACGUGUUUGAAAGUUUGGUCAACUCGGUCCUGGGCAAGGACGGCGGUGACCAGAUGCAGCAGCAGCAGCACCCGUCUUUGGUUCAGCAGCAGCAGGCGAGUGCCGGUGACGAGCAGGAGCAUUCCAUCUUUGACUCGUUGUUUGCGGCGGCUUCGGAGGAUACGGAUCUGCCGUUUACCGCGAUCGAGGCGCUAUCUUGGGGGUUUGCGCAGCCGUCUCCUGCUGGGUGA